CUUUGCAGGAGUUUGUUGAUGGAGGAUCACAUCCUUUAAAGCAGAUCUUUCUGAUGACACAGCAGUUCAAAUGUCGCAAGCAACAUUUACAUGGGAGUCUGAGGAGGAAGAGAUAAUCGAACCCACUGAUGAGGACAGUGUCAUAGCAGGACUUAACCUUGAAGAGUUUGAUCCUUUGAGCUCUUCAUUUCACUCCCGUCGAGGCGGUGGAGCUAGCAGGGCUUUGUCUGCUAUGAAUCAGGCAGAGGAAGAAGAUGAUGAAGAUGGUGAAACCACCCUGAUGAGGUCGGAAUUUGACACCCAGUCACCUCCACAACUUUGUGAGGUGGAUAUCAUUGUCAAACAGGGUGAAUUAAUUGGUAUUUGUGGAAUGAAAGGUAGUGGCAAAACUUCGUUUCUGUCAGCCAUCUUGGGAAGGAUGCAGCAGCUUGGAGGAACAGUCAGAAUCGCAGGUAGCAUGGCAUAUGUUGGUCAGGAACCAUGGAUAAUUAAUGGCACAGCAAGGGAUAAUAUUCUUUUUGGGAAACCAUAUGAUGAAGAGAGGUACAAGCAGACAAUUGCAUGCUGUUACCUGGAAAAAGAUUUUGAAACCUUCAGCGCAAGAGAUAAAGUAGAGAUUGGUGACCGAGGGUUAACUCUGAGUGGGGGUCAAAAACAGCGGAUCAGUUUGGCCAGAGCUGUGUACAGUAACAGUGAUAUCUACUUGCUUGAUGACCCUCUGUCGGCUCUGGAUGUCCAUAUUGGUCGGCAUGUGUUUACACAGUGUCUUAAAGUUAUGCUCAGAAAGACCAUUUUUUUCGUAACACAUCAUUUAGAGUACCUGCCCAAGUGUGAUCGAGUGAUGCUGAUUCAUGAUGGUCGGGUGGAGGAGUGUGGUUCUCACAGCCAACUACUCGAGACGGGUGUAGGUCCAAUGUACACUGAACUGUACCAGCUGUACCAGAGCAAGUAUGAGAAAGUGCAGCGUCAUCGCCUUAUAUCAAUGAGGGGACCAUCACAGGAAGCAGUCAAAACUCCACAAAGAGGAUUCUCUCGGCUGACACGAAGAACGUUGUCAAAGCAGCUGAGUCGUAUGUCAACCAACAGCGGGAUACAGCAUCAGUUCAGUACUAUGUCCACUACUAGUGGCAUUUUUGGGGACUAUGAUUAUGUUGAUAUUGAAGAUCUUGUGGAGUCGAAUGAGCUGAACAGCACCAAGGUGUCGUGGUCAGUGUAUUGGCAGUACAUCCGGGCCAUGGGUGGAUUGGCCAUCCUCAUAUUCCUUCUAGUCAGUUUUGCCGUCAGCAUUGCUGUGCAGUCAGCAGCCACUUGGUUCCUUGCCUUUUGGCUCAUGCAGGGAAACGGGUCAACACCCGACAUCACAGGGUCAUGGGACAACACGUCCUUCACAGGGUCACACACUGCUGGAAGUGUGGCUGACCAUCCUAGUGUACAAACCUUUGCUCUGGUCUACGGACUUUUUCUCCUCACCAUGUUGAUUAUCAUGCUGUUUAGAUCCAUCAUUUUUGUCAAGAUUCUGUUGAAGGCAGCUAGCAAUCUGCAUGGAAAACUCCUGAGAAAAACAAUGACAUGCCCAAUGAAGUUUUUUGAUACCACCCCACUGGGCACCAUUUUGAACAGGUUCUCAGCUGAUAUUGAUGAAAUUGAUGUGAGGCUUCCUUCCAACUGUGAGCUGUAUCUACAGAACAUCUUCCUAGUCCUGCUAGCAUUGAUUAUGAUCUGUUACACUUUUCCCUGGGACCUCCUGGUGGUGGCGCCACUAGCUGUUGUGUUUGUGGUGCUGGCCAUCAUGUUUGCACCAGUGGUGCAGCAGCUCAAGUUUGUUGACAGCAUUACACGGGCACCAUACCUUUCUCACCUGGCCUUGUCAAUGGAGGGCAUCACCACCAUUCACACCUUUGGACAAUCAGAACGCUUUUUUAAACAGUUCUGUGAUAUGUUGGACCAGAACAAUAUCCCUUUCUUCCUCUUCUACAUGGCAAAUCGAUGGCUAGCCAUCUUUUUGGACCUCAUGACAGUCACCAUCAUGGGGGUGACAGGAUUUCUUAUUGUGUUCACUGUCACUGACAGCACAACAUCUCAAGCUGGUCUGGCACUGACCUUUGCCUUUCAGAUAACAAGUCUAUUUCAGUACACAUUGAGACUCACCAUAGAAACUGGAUCUCGCUUCUCAUCAGUACAUCGUGUUCAGGAGUACAUUGAGAAUCUUCAAACAGAGGGUGCCAUUGCUAGUUCUAGCAGCGAGGUGCCAGCUGAUUGGCCUAACCAAGGGGCCAUCAACUUUCAACAAAUACGGAUGCGCUACAAUGAUAACCUCCCCUUAGCUUUAAAGGGUGUCACACUGGGUAUCAAACCAAAUGAAAAGAUAGGCAUUGUGGGAAAUUCUGGAUCAGGUAAAUCCUCCCUGGGCAUAGCUUUGUUUCGCUUGUCUGAGGCAGCAUCUGGUGCCAUCUACAUUGACGAUAUAAAUAUUCGUGACAUAAAACUGAGUGCACUGCGCUCACGGAUAUCUAUAUUGGUACAGGAUCCAGUUUUAUUUGUGGGCACUAUCAGAUACAACUUAGACCCAGCAGGUCAGCAUCCACAGGAUGACAUACUAUGGCAGGCUUUGGCUAAGUGUCACAUGAAGGAAAAGAUACAGUCAUUGGAGGGACAACUAGAUGGCAUGGUUGAGGAGAAUGGUAAAAACUUCUCCAUGGGAGAGCGGCAGUUGCUAUGUCUUGCUCGCACCUUACUCAGGAAAUCUAAGAUACUGGUGCUGGAUGAAGCUACAGCAUCAAUAGACACACGCACCGAGGUACUGGUGCAGCACACCAUCCGAGAGUGCUGCAGGGACUGCACUGUACUGACCAUUGCACACCGUAUAAACACCAUCUGGGACUGUGACAAGGUUUUGGUGAUGGAGGACGGAAAACCAGUGGAAUACAACCAGCCGUCCGUUCUGCUACAGAAAUCUCAGUCCAAGUUCAAGGCUAUGUUUGAUGCCAUGAAAGCAACGCCAAGGGGAGACUCGAUCAAUGAAGAGGAUGAACCAGACAAAAGAGACUCUCUGGGGUGUGAUGAUGCUAUUUCUUGACAAACUGUUUAAUCCCCUCACUAUGCAAACCUUAGGAUCAAGAGUGGAGGAAAUUUCCAACAAAGAGUUACUUUGUGGUGGUGGUGGGGAGAGUUUUGUGACAGAUGGAGAAUACUAUCACUUGCCAGCCAACUAAGCAAGCUUGUGAAGACAAUUUAUUCACUUGCUGAUGCUCUGAAGGUUGAGGGGUGGAAACGCCCAGAAACUCUGCAGAUGUAAGUUGCCUUUGGGUAAAAAAGAUGCAUCCUCAGCAUUUAAAUAAAAACAUUUAGCAUUGUCAUGAAGACAGUGAGAACUACACAAUGUGUUCAUUGCCCAUGAAUCUCAUAAUACUCGUACAUCUUGUAUUACAAAUAUGCAUGCCUAAAACUUGGCAAGGGUCUGUUGAACAGAUGCCUACAUGUCCAAUCCUACUUAUUGCUGCCUGUUUUAAUUUAGUUCCGAACAUUGCUAAGCUAUCUGUUCAAACAGCCCACUCUCGUUAAUCGAAAGCCUGAUAUCAAAACUUGAGACAAGUGUGAGUGCUUAAUGUUAACCCACCUAAUCAGUAACAAAUUUUUUUGGUUCUAGAUUUUGUUCAAAUUUAUUGCAUCUUGUCCUUGUUCAUAGCCAUUAGCACCUUUACAUUGGAAGAGGAAGCUGUUUUGUCCUGCUCGCUUCUCAUUCAGUUUGCCAUAUUUUUGACGAUACAAAGGACAGCUGAAAUUUGUUUAUAAACCCAACAAGAUAAGGACAACAAAAAUUCUGCAUUAUGGCUUUAUUAGGUCUUGUGUUUUUGUAGUCUUAGGGUUUUUAGUGUUGGUUUUUGGACUAUUUGAUCAUUUUUUAGAAUACUUAUGCCUGUUUUAAAAGAACUGCAUGUAGGCACGUCCAUUCAGGAGAAAAACAUAAAUUUAUUUUCUUUGGGUGAGGAAGGUUAUAGAUUCUCCCCAAUUUUUUCUUCUGCAUGCUCUUCAGUGAUGUCCGUGUGUACUUGCACAAGCUGCGACUGUGGUAUAAACUAUUCUUCGAACUUUUUGGCCUUCGUUGAAAUUCUUUCAGGGGAAGGGAACAUGGCAAGAUCCAAACCAGGUAUCAGCGAUAAAAUGGUCCUGGGUUGCUUGAACUUUUCAUUUUCUCCCCCACCCGUCAUAUUCAGUGCUGAAGAUCACAUUUUUAAAUGCUCAGUUCGGUCAUUUCCAGAGGAUAGAGCUGUCUCUUGAUAUAAAUGACUGGCGUGGUGCUGGAACAGCCCCAUCUGUCUUUUGUACAGCGUGUGCUGACCAGAUACAUUGUUGCUCUUAUUGACUACACUGCUGUUUUUUUGAAGACUCUUGUAUUUCUCACCUACACAAAUGUUUCGUGAAUAUUUUUUGACACCUCUUACAGCAUUUACAUUGACAGAAAGCAGAUUCUGUUUCAUAAAGACUGUAGUGAUGCAUUUUCCCUGAAAAGUGCAAUUUAACAAAAAAGCAGUGUCUCCUAUCUGUACUCGGGAUCCUUUUUAAUACCCUUCAAGACUUUGCCGUAGGUGUCAGGCCAAAUACUGCUUGGGAAUUAGGGUAAAAUAUUAAUUUUUGGAUAACUACUGCAAUUUUUGUCCUGAAGUAUUAACCGGUCAUUUUUGAAGUGCUUGCUAUUUGCAAAGACAUUCGGUUCAGAAAGCAACCACAUUUAAAAUGUGUUUACAAAUUUUUCUUAAAUAAAAUUUUCAUAGCAUU